AUGCCCCCACAAGUUCCAAAAACCGAAUACCCUGUAAUCGAUACUGACCCUCACUUUAAUCGUGUAGUUAGAUACUUUCGACCUUCAGAUUACUUAGCAUGGGCCACUAUCACCGGGUUCGGACCCGCAUUCUACCUAUUCCUAGAGAAGACAGCAAACCAACCUCCUACAAAACGUUUGGGUCUAGUCUUGAAGAUUUGCGCGGGACUUAGUUUCACCGGUGGAUUCAUGUUCGCCUAUCAACGUAGCAGUUUCAGAUUCUGGGGGUGGACCGAGAAUGCCAGUGAAUAUGAAAAAGAUUUAAAGGAGAUGAGGCAAAGGGUAAAAGAAGGAAAACCGUUGUACGGCGAAUCAAGUUUGGACGAUCACAUUCAACACUAUGCGUCGACUUUUUCCAAAUACGCUGCCUUGAAUUUUGCAAGCUUCCCGGUAUUCAACUUUGUCAAUCACAACAAACAUGGAACUGAUACUAGUCGAUAUUAUGAGGGUACUGCAGAAAAAGAUGCAGCGGAAACGACAAGUUAA